AUGGAGCAGACUGUGUGGCUGCAGGGUGUCCUGUGUCUGCAGGUCUGUCUGCUCUCCACCACGGCCCUCCCUGGACAAGACAGACGGACAGCAGCCUUUCAAACCAACCAAGCUAUGGUGAGACAUUCCAAUCCUCUGUACUUUACUGGUCAGAAUGAUCUGUGUUCUUCUACACACAGAAUGAAAUAGAACACUAAUAUAAAUGUAUCUCCAUGGGUCUACCAACCUUUAUGGUCGGGGAACACUGUGAGUCAGUGAGGGUUUGUCCAAUAAGUUCACAAAUAAAGUAAUCAGUACUGUACAUGUUUGAGGCAAAUUUGCUCUCAUCUUCAGAGCACAUCAAUGAUUUUACAGCCAACAAUAUAAUUGUGUGCACGUGCGGCUUCAACUGUGUGGGGUGACACACAUGUGUUUUCACUCAAUUAUCCAGGACCUCUGCCAUCCAGGACCUCUAUACCAGGCGGUGUCAGAGGAAGGCCCUAAACAUUGUCAUAGACUGUUCUCUCUGCUACCGCACGGCAAGCAGUACCGAUGCACCAAGUCUGAAACUAACAGGACCUUGAACAGCUUCUACCCCCAAGCCAUAAGACUGCUAAAUACGGCAACUUCAAUUAAUAGCCCAUGCGUUUAUUUGCUGCAAUCACUGAACACAACCACCGCUAAUUAGAGACAGGCUUCUGUUUGAGACAGGCGUCUAUUUCCUUAAAUCACACAGCUUUUGCUCAAUAACAUUUUGAAAAGACUACCACACUGUGUAUUGUGACCAGCAUGACCAGUACAAACAUUAUAGUAACAAAUCCAUCGCAGAUCAGACUAGGCUGCCUAUCAUACACCCCCGAUUUCACCCUUCAGCACAAUUAUGUACCUUGUUGAGCGUUGUAUCCCCCGUAGUUGCAAUCACACCAGAUAGACUUCGGUAUUCAACGUUUGUCCAGGUCCCCUGGAAAUCGGGAGAUGCCUUCAAUACCGUCCACUAGGGGCAACUUAACCGUCAAAGUUUAUUAUGAUUAAUCGUCACGUUUUUUCUGUUUCAACAACCUUAAGCCUUACCUACUUUCUCUUCACCCCUAGAUGUUUCUCUUCCCCUGGAAAAAUGUUAAAAACUGAAGUGAGCCCGUGAGAUCUUGUUGCUAGUUGAGCUGACCAUGUCUUCACAUACGCUGCUGCUACUGUUUCUUAUCUAUCCUGUUGCCCAGUCACUCUAUUCCUAGUUAUAUGUACAUAUCUACCUCAGUUACCUCAUACACCUCGGUACUGGUACCCCGUGUAUUUAGCCAAGUUAGCAUUACUCAUUGUGUAUUUAUUAUUACUUAUAUUAUUAUGUGUUAUUACUUUUCUGUUAUUUCUCUAUUUUCUUUCUCUCUGCAUUGUUGGGAAGGGCCUGUAAGUAAGCAUUUCACUAUUAGUUCACACCUGUUGUUUACGAAGUAUGUGAAGAAUAACAUUUUAUUUUAUUUUAAUUAUAGCAAUAGAGAAUGGAAAUGUACGAAUAGAUUAAUUGCUAUCAUAUUAAUAUUUCUGCAAGGGUUCUGUUCAGAAUGUUUGCAAUAACUCUCUACAGGGAGGCUUACCCCCAUUACCGCCUAGACCUUUAUCUCAGGUGAGAAACUUACAAAUUAACACAUUUGAUAGAGCCACUGUUGUUUCCAAUCACUGAUUGUUCUCUCCUGUUGCGUCAGAUUUCAAGGAUUAAGAGGCAGGAGAAAGUCAGGAGUGAAUGCAAGAAAAAGUUGAAAAUGUGUCGCUCCUGCCCAAGAGCCAUGACAGCCAUGAUUCCUCCGGCGCCCAGUUGGGUAAGAGACCACCAAACACGAACAUGAAGAGGUUGUUCGUAUAGCAGACAUUGAGAAAAGUGAAUAGAGAGAUGGCUUGGUGACCUGACAGAUUUGAUAUGCCGCUCUCAUAAUGCAGCUCUCAAAGAGGUCAUUUGAGAAGAACCACUGUUCUUGUUUUUCUGAUCCAGUUCUCCUAUUGUGGCAUAAUUAAGCAAUAAGGCCUGAGGGGGUAUGGUAUAUGUCCAAUGUACCAUGGCUAAGGGCUGUUCUUACGAACGACGCAACGCGGAGUGCCUGGAUACAGCCCUUAGCCGUGGUAUAUUGGCAAUAUACCACAAACAUCCGAAGUGCCUUAUUGAUAUUAUAAACUGGUUACCAACAUAAUUAGAGCAGUGAAAAUUAAAUGUUUCAUCAUACCCAUGGUAUACGGUCUGAUAUACCACGGCUUUCAGCCAAUCAGCGUUCAGGGCUCGAACCAUCCAGUUUAUAACAAUAUGUAAUCACUCUCAACAGGGACACUUACCACCAUUCCUGCUUCCUAGACCAUGUCGUCCUCCUCCUCCCCCUCCAUUUGAGGUGAGAAACAAACUAAAUAACACAUUUGAUAGAGACACUGUUCUUGUUUCCAUAUGUCUGAUCCCUCUCUCCUCUGGCCUCAGAGUUUAAGGAUUCAGAGGCAGGAGAAAUUCAGGAGUGAAUUCAAGAAAAAGCCGGAAAUGUAUCGCUCCCGCCCAGGAGCCAUGACAGCCAUGAGUCCUCCGGCGCCCAGUUGGGUAAGAGACCACCAAACACAAACAUGAAGAACCAAAGAGGUUGUUAGUAAAGCAGAAGCUGAGAAAGGUGAUAUUUUGUUACGGUAUGACAAUAUGCAAUAACUCUCAACAGGGGGGCUUACCCCCAUUACCACCUAGACCUCUAUCCCAUACCAGUGGUGGAAAAAGUACCCAAAUAUCAAACUUGAGUAAAAGUAAAGAUACCUUAAUAGAAAAUGACUAAAGUAAAAGUGAGUCACCCAGUAAAAUACUACUUGAGUAAAAGUCUAAAAGUAUUUGUUUUUAAAUAUAUACUUAAGUAUCAAAAGUAAAUGUAAUUGCUAAAAUAUACAUAAAUAUCAAAAGUAAAAGUGUAAAUCAUUUCAAAUUACUUAUAGUAAGCAAACCAGAUGGCACAAUUUUCUUGUUUUUUUAUUUAUUUAUCAAUAGCCAGGGGCACACUCCGACACUCCGACAUAAUUUACAAAUGAAGCAUUUGUGUUUAGUGAGACCGCCAGAUCUGAGGUGGUAGGGAUGACCAGGGUUGUUCUCUUGAUAAUGUGUGAAUUGGACGAUUUUCCUCUCCUGCUAAGAAUUUAAAUUGUAACAAGUACUUUUGGGUGUCAGGGAAAAUGUAUGAAGUAAAAAGUAAAUUAUUUUCUUUAGGAAUGUAGUGAAGUUAAAGUAAAAGUUGUCAAAAAUACAGUAUAUACAAAAAUGUUUACUUAAGUACUUUACACCACUGCCCCUUGACUUUUUCCACAUUUUGUAACGUUAAAGCCUUAUUCUAAAAUUGAUUCAAUAGUUUCUUUCCCUCAUCAAUGUACACACAAUACCGCAUAAUGACAAAUCUUUGUAGAAAUAUAACAUUUACAUAAGUAUUCAGACCCUUUACUCAGUACUUUGUUGAAGUACCGUUGGCAGCGAUUACAGCCUCGAGUCUUCUUGGGUAUGAUGCUACAAGCUUGGCACACCUGUAUUUGGGGAUUUUCUCCUAUUCUUCUCUGCAGAUCCGCUCAAGCUCUGUCAGGUUGGAUGGGGAGCGUUGCUGCACAGCUAUUUUCAAGUCUCUCCAAAGAUGUUCGAUUGGGUUCAAGUCCGGGCUCUGGCUGGGCCACUCAAGUACAUUCAGAGACUUGUCCUGAAGCCACUACUGCGUUGUCGCUUAGGGUUGUUGUCCUGUUGGAAGGUGACCCUUCGCGCUAGUCUGAGGUCCUGAGCGCUCUGGAGCAGGUUUUUAUCAAGGAUCUUUCUGUACUUUGCUCCGUUCAUCUUUCCCUCAAUCCUGACUAGUCUCCCAGUCCCUGCCGCUGAAAAAAAUCCCAAUAGCAUGAUGCUGCCACCACCAUGCUUCACCGUAGGGAAAGUUCUUUGCAAAUAAAAUUGGCUGUUGUUAUUACUGUAUUACUAUUAUCAUUAUUAGUAGUUGUCAUGGUGACCUCUGUAUAUUACAAAAUCACAUAUUAGACCAAACCAACAGCCAGGGAAGCCAAGAUCAACUCCCUCUUGUCUGACAAGCUGUUCUAAUAAGAAAGUAUAUUACUCAAUCCAAUGGAGAAUCUUCAGAGGAGGAAGGGGAGGACCAUCCUCCUCAGUGAAUUUCAGGAAAAAAAAUUGUGAAACAUUUACAAAGUUAUCCUUUUUAGAUAAAACUAUACUAAAUAUAUUAAUGUCACCAAAUAAUUGAUUAAAACACACUGUUUUGCAAUGAAGGUCUACAGUAGCCUCAACAGCACUCUGUAGGGUAGAACCAUGGUGUAGCUGUUACGCCACUGAAAAAGGGGAGAAAUAAUCACGAGAGUGAUGCAGUUAUGUUUCCUCACUGAGAACUUUAAUGUAAUGAGGAAAAUACCGCGAUUUCCCCGGGAACUUGGGUGGAGACCAGAGCAAUCGAUCUCAGGCUCAUAGAUUAAGAGCAUUUAGUAGAUCAGAUUAACACUUUUACCCUUAAAUUAGGCACCACAAAAUAAAGUAAUCAAUAUAACGUUUACACAUUCCUCUUACAAUUUUUACCCUUUGUACGCUUGACAGAUUUGAACCUUUUAACACAAUUAUAUGAAUUUUUAUCAAUCUCUAUGAACUAGAACUGAAUGCAUGAUCUUUUUAACCUUAGAUAUUUUAAGAUCCUCACAUACCAUGAACUUACUAAUACUUUUUAGCGUAUAACAGGCUAUGAGUGUUUCCUUCAACCUGUCACAUAGCCGGAGGACAGCUAGUUUCCGUCCUCCUCUGGGUACAUUGACUUCAAUACAAAACCUAGGAGGCUCAAGGUUCUCAACUCCUUCCAUAGACUUAAACAGUAAUUAUGAGAACUUCCGGAGGACAUCCUCCAACUCAUCAGAGCUCUUGUUGCAUGAACUGACAUGUUGUCCACCCAAUCAAAGGAUCAGAGAAUUAAUCUAGUACUGAAAGCAUAAGCUACAGCUAGCUAGCACUGCAGUGCAUAAAAUGUGUUGAGUAGUUGACUCAAAGAGAGAGAAAGACAAUAGUUAGUUUUGAACAAAUAAUGUUCUUCAAAAAUUAAGAAGCAAGAGAGAGAAAGAGAUAGAGAUAUAUAGAGAGAGCGAGCUAGCUAUAUUUCAUAGUAUUUAUCUUUUCACUUACUUAGCUAGCAAAUGCAGCUAGCUAAUUUAGCCUACUCAAAAACCCAGCUCAACCAGAGAGGGAUGCUAUGUUAGUGUCACGAUCGUUGAGAGACGGGUCAGACCAAGGUGCAGCGUGCGAUGUGAACAUGUUUAUUUAACUCAAAUAAACUCACCACAAAACAACGUAACGUGAAGUCCAAGGCUAUACACAAUACAAGCCUAACACAGGAACAAGAUCCCACCAACAUAGUAGGCAACUGGGCUACCUAAGUAUGAACCCCAAUCAAAGACAACGAGCGACAGCUGUCUCUGAUUGGGAAUCACACCCGGCCAAACAUAGAACCACAAUACCUAGAUCCUAAACAUAGAAUACAUCACAUAGAUUUCCACACCCUGACUCAACAUACAAGAGUUCCAUACGUCAGGGCGUGACAGUACCCCCCCCCCCCCCCCCAAAGGUGCGGACUCCGACCGCACAAACCUGACAUAACAGGGUAGGGUCCGGGUGGGCAUUCCGCCUCGGAGGCGGAUCCGGCUCCGGGCGUGACGACCUCUCAGCCUCCCCGUUGCACCCCUGGUCUGGUCUGGACCUCGGCGCGAUGCUUCCCCUCUCCUUCCUCCCACGAUGCACCAAGCCCUGUCUGGACCCUGGUGUGGGAGACCCCGAACCUGGAGAGGGGCUGAUGUCUGGGCCUGGAUCGGCAAUCCUCCCGCGAUGCACCAAGCCCUGUCUGGACCCUGGUGUGGGAGACCCUGAACCUGGAGAGGGGCUGACGUCUGGGUCUGGACUAGAGCCGCUGACCGGAGCUGAACUGGACCCCGGUGGAGCGGACUGCUCUGGCUCCGGAGUGGAACAGCUGACCGGUGCUGGACCAGGCACCGGUGGAACGGGCACGGGCCGUGCCGGACUGUGAACACGCACCACUGGCUUGGUGCGAGGAGCAGGCACGGGCCGGGCUGGACUGGGAACACGUACCACUGGUCUGGUGCGAGGUGCAGGCAUGGGCUGGGCCAGACUGGAGACACGCACCACUGGUUUGGUGCAAGGAGCAGGGACGGACCGUACUGGACAGGGAACACGGUGAGCAGGUACGGGGCGUACCGGGCUGGCGACACGCACCACAGGUUUGGUGCGAGGAGCAGGCAUGGGCCGUACCGGACUGGGAACAUGCACCACUGGCUUGGUGCGAGGUGCAGGCACGGGGCAUACCGGGCUGACGACACGCACCACUGGUCUGGUGCGAGGAGCAGGCACAGGCCGUACCGGACUGGGAACAUGCACCACUGGCUUGGUGCGAGGAGCAGGCACGAGCCGUAUCCGACUGGGAACCGGCGCUGGAGGUCCACGACUGUACCAGUCCUUUACUCUCCGCGCCCAGUCUUCCUCCAGUGAGGACUUCUCCUUGAGCCCCCACAAGUGCAGUGGUUGGGGCUCUUCUCUAUCGCUCCCCAACCACCCUUUUAGCCCCCACAAAAAAAUAUAUUGGGGCUGUCUCGCGGGCUUCCUCCUCGGCCGACGCCUUCUGUGUCCCUCUCCUGCCUGGGCCUCCUCCUUCGCCCAGGGUCCUUUUCCUGCCAAAAUCUCCUCCCAUGUCCAAAAACUCUUCCCCACCUGUGUCCAGGGUGUCUGCUGCUCCUGGGCACGCUGCUUGGUCAGUUUUUGGUGGGAUCUUCUGUCACAAUCGUUGAGAGACGGGUCAGACCAAGGUGCAGCGUGCGAUGUGAACAUGUUUAUUUAACUCAAAUAAACUCACGACAAAACCACAAAACAACGUAACGUGAAGUCCAAGGCUAUACACAAUACAAGCCUAACACAGUAACAAGAUCCCACCAACAUAGUAGGCAACUGUAUGAUCCCCAAUCAGAAACAACGAGCGACAGCUGUCUCUGAUUGGGAAUCACACCCGGCCAAACAUAGAACCACAAUACCUAGAUCCUAAACAUAGAAUACAUCACGUAGAUUUCCACACCCUGACUCAACAUAGAAGAGUUCCAUACGUCAGGGCGUGACAGUUAGCUAGCUGGCUAUGGCUAUCCAACACUGGAACUCUUCCAAGUCAUGGUAAGCUUUUGGUUUGAUUAAUUUAUUGCCACUGGGGCCUGCCGGUGUAACUGCUAAACUGCUUGCUGACUGUACACUGUACUGCAUGAUUGUAGCGGGUUUACUAAUGCGUUACUUCUAGUAGCUAUGUUUACUAUGACGUUGGCUAAUAUGGUGACAAUUAUGUAGGCCAGGGUUCCCCAAUUUGGCCCGCAGGUGGUUUUAUUUGGCCACCAAAGAAAAACGUGAAAAAUAAUAAUAAGAAGAAUUGUUGUACAUAAGACUGUAAAAACACCAGGAAAUCAGCUCCAAGUGAUUUUAAUUUAAGAAAUCUGUUCCCAUGUCUUCAUAUGCAUAAUAGACAGACACGUGAUCGUAUCCAAAUGUAAGCAAGCUUUGAAAUGAUUAUAUUUUAGUCAAACAUUAUAUCUGUUUGGGCUUCUUGUGGUCACUUUGCAGUCUCCACAUUUACAGUAUUUGUAAUUAUAUGUUCCGGCUCCCCGACCAUCCGCUCAAGAAGAAAAUUGGCCCGUGGUUGAAUCUAGUUGAUGAUCCCUGAUGUAGGCUCUGUAUAGCGGUUAACGGACAGACAGAUGAUGUGUUGUGCACUGAAGUCCACAAGCGAAGGUAAAAGGUGAGAGGAGGCAAGCGCGUAGAUAGACGUGAGAAGGAAUUAUAUAUACAACGAGCAAAGUGAUCAUGCUGUUUGUAUGUCACUGCAAUGAAAUGGAACUGUGUUUGCCCGUGAUCAGGGGUGUAUUCAUUCUGCCGAUUCUGUUGAAAAACUUUUCUUAAACGGAAGCAAACGGAACAAAACGGGGAUAAACAUACCUGAAUUUAUCCAAUAGAAACUGUCGUUUGCAACUGUUGGACUAAUGAUUACACCCUAGGUCACCUAGAUGCAGCCAAGAGUGUGCAAUGCGGUAUUGAAUGUGUCACUGUCUGACAUAUUCAAUACUAAAAAUUCAAGGUGCACAUACGUUGUAAGCUUUCAUUCAUAGGCUAGGUUGUAGCAACCUCAUAAUGGGUACAGGGAAAAUUAGAGUAUCAUGUACAGUAGUAGCCUAAACCUAUCGAUGUUACAUUGAACUGGGUGAAUGGAAUAUGAAUGACAGUCAUCCAAUAUGCUGUAAUGGAAAUAAGGCCAUGCUCAUAAAAAAACUAAAAAACCUCCCUCAUCUUAAACGGCAUGGACCGCCGCUGACUCAGAGUUUACUGUAACAUGGUGUCCUCCCAAAGCCUCUUUCCGUAAUACAGUCCAUGCCUCCUCCCUAUUGUUAACACACAGUUAAAAAUGUGUGUGUGUGUGUGUGUGUGUGUUAUUGUUUGUAUUCCUCAGUGUUCCCUCUCUCCAUCUGGCAAUCAUUAGCCAUGUCAGUAUAAAGAGGGUUUUGUGCGUAGUCAGGUUCCAGUGCAUCAGUAUGGAGCAGACUGUGUGGCUGCUGGGUGUCCUGUGUCUGCAGGUCUGUCUGCUCUCCACCACGGCCCUCCCUGGACAAGACAGACAGACAGCAACUGUUGUCACCUUCUCACCAAGCUGCUUGGCGAUGGUCUUGUAGCCCAUUCUAGCCUUGUGUAGGUCUAAAAUCUUGUCCCUGACAUCCUUGGAGACCUCUUUGGUCUUGGCCAUGGUGGAGAGUUUGGAAUCUGAUUGAUUGAUUGCUUCUGUGGACAGAUGUCUUUUAUACAGGUAACAAACUGAGAUUAGGAGCACUCCCUUUAAGAGUGUGCUCCUAAUCUCAGCUCGUUACCUGUAUAAAAGACACCUGGGAGUCAGAAAUCUUUCUGAUUGAGAGGGGGUCAAAUACUUAUUUCCCUCAUUAAAAUGCAAAUCAAUUUAUAACAUUUUUGACAUGCGUUUUUCUAGAUUUUUUUGUUGUUAUUCUGUCUCUCACUGUUCAAAUAAACCUACCAUUAAAAUUAUAGACUGAUAAUUUCUUUGUCAGUGGGCAAACAUACAAAAUCAGCAGGGGAUCAAAUACUUUUUUCCCUCACUGUAUUUGUAAUUAUAUGUUCCGGCUCCCCGACCAUCCGCUCAAGAAGAAAAUUGGCCCGUGGUUGAAUCUAGUUGAUGAUCCCUGAUGUAGGCUCUGUAUAGCGGUUAACGGACAGACAGAUGAUGUGUUGUGCACUGAAGUCCACAAGCGAAGGUAAAAGGUGAGAGGAGGCAAGCGCGUAGAUAGACGUGAGAAGGAAUUAUAUAUACAACGAGCAAAGUGAUUAUGCUGUUUGUAUGUCACUGCAAUGAAAUGGAACUGUGUUUGCCCGUGAUCAGGGGUGUAUUCAUUCUGCCGAUUCUGUUGAAAAACUUUUCUUAAACGGAAGCAAACGGAACAAAACGGGGAUAAACAUACCUGAAUUUAUCCAACAGAAACUGUCGUUUGCAACUGUUGGACUAAUGAUUACACCCUAGGUCACCUAGAUGCAGCCAAGAGUGUGCAAUGCGGUAUUGAAUGUGUCACUGUCUGACACAUUCAAUACUAAAAAAUCAAGGUGCACAUACGUUGUAAGCUUUCAUUCAUAGGCUAGGUUGUAGCAACCUCAUAAUGGGUACAGGGAAAAUUAGAGUAUCAUGUACAGUAGUAGCCUAAACCUAUCGAUGUUACAUUGAACUGGGUGAAUGGAAUAUGAAUGACAGUCAUCCAAUAUGCUGUAAUGGAAAUAAGGCCAUGCUCAUAAAAAAACUAAAAAACCUCCCUCAUCUUAAACGGCAUGGACCGCCACUGACUCAGAGUUUACUGUAACAUGGUGUCCUCCCAAAGCCUCUUUCCGUAAUACAGUCCAUGCCUCCUCCCUAUUGUUCACACACAGUUAAAAAUGUGUGUGUGUGUGUGUGUGUGUGUUAUUGUUGGCAUUCCUCAGUGUUCCCUCUCUCCAUCUGGUAAUCAUUAGCCAUGUCAGUAUAAAGAGGGUUUUGUGCGUAGUCAGGUUCCAGUGCAUCAGUAUGGAGCAGACUGUGUGGCUGCUGGGUGUCCUGUGUCUGCAGGUCUGUCUGCUCUCCACCACGGCCCUCCCUGGACAAGACAGACGGACAGCAGCCUUUCAAACCAACCAAGCCAUGGUGAGACAUUCCUCUGGAUUCUACUAGGUUUCUUCCCUGUCCUAUAAUCUGUGAUUCCAACCCUAUUCCUGGAGAGCUACCCUCCUGUAGGUUUUCACUCCAACCUCAGUUGUAACUAGCAUGGUCCAGUUUAUCAACUAGCUAAUUAUUAGAAUCAAGUAGAGGGGGUGGUUUUCGUGGGGGGACUGUGGGGGGGGGUCUUGGAUGGUGGAGGGGUGGUUUUCGUGAGGGGACUGUGGGUGGGUCUUGGAUGUUUGAGGGUGGCAGGUUGCCUGGCGGUUGGGAGCCUUGGGCCAGUGGCCAAGAGGUCGCUGGUUCGGGUCCCCGUCGACUGGAUGAGGGAUCUGUCGAUGUACCCUUGAGCGGGGCACUUGACCCUGAUUGCUCCUGUGGGUCACUCUGGAUGGAAGCGUCUUCUAAAUGACUAAAAUGUAAUGUAAAUGUUGAGCGGCUUCACGGCAGGUGGAUUGUAUAUUAACCUACAGGACAGUAGCUCUCCAGGAACAGAGUUGGAGAGCCCUGCUCUAGAUUGACACACAGUUAGAAUGUGCACAUGGGUAUAGAAACCAUGCUGGUACUAUCAUGUUUAUUCUGAACCACUCUCAACAGGGAGGCUCUUCCCCAUUCCUCCCUGGACCUCCACCUCAGGUAAGAAACAAUAUUACCACAUAUUACCACAUUACAACAUUUCCACAUAAUUUCUACAUAACAAAACACACAAAGUCAGUAGUCUAGAAAAGAUUGCUUUGAGACCUGAUAGAUUCUAAUGGUAUCAUCAUUUGGACAUCAGGUAGACAUGAAGCCACUGGUUGUGCAGCUCAGAGCAAAGAGACAUGAGGAGAGUGUCGCCGACGGAGACAAGAGAAAGGGAUGCAGUGGCCACCGUCCAGGGAGUUGUUCAGUGGUUAGACGUCCACCACCACCCAAGGUUAGAGAGAGAGAGAGAAACAGAGAGAGAGAGAGACGCUAUAGUGUUGAAACAUAAAGGAUAUGUAUGCUUACAACUAAUUUUAAGUAAGGUACUACAUCUCUGUCAAGGGAAUAAGUAACCUUAAAUGUAUCAAAACUACACUCAGAAAAAAAGGGUUCCAAAAGGGUUCUACCUGCAUCCAAAAAUAGUUAUUCAAAGAGUUCUCCUAUGGGGACAGCCAAAGAACCCUUUAAGGUUCUAGAUAGCACUUUUUUUCUAAGAGUGUAUAACUGACUGAUAGAGUGGACAGCCCAUGACAUAACAAUGCUAUUGUACUGUCAUGCUGCAAGGUUGAUAUGAAAUCUCUUAAAUUCAUUUAAUAUUAUAUGCAGCUCUCAAAGAACUGCACUGACUUUGUGAUCAGUUACAGUAACAGAUUUGAUCGGAAUCAAUGUCCUAAUUUCCACUCGUAAUCCUUUCACCUCAGAGUUCCAGGACUAAGAGGCAGGAGAGAACCAAGGACAGACGCAAAAGACCCUAUCGUCCUGGAGCCUUGGCUGUAAUUUCCGAUCCAACUGUUCCUGUAAGUGUGGUGACCGACAAUCGUCCAUAACUGAAUGCUAGAGGUGGUGUGGUUAACAUGAUGGUAUAUGUAUCUGAUUGUAUUAAUCCUUUGCUGCCAUACGUACAUUUUUUUUAAAAAUCUGUGCAUUCAGCCUUACAGAUCCUCAGCAUAGUAGAAGACGGUACUGAGACACAGGACAGGCCAUGGAGAGAAACCCACCGCUGAAACUUACUUUUAUUUUGGUCAGAAGUGAAAUAAACAUGAAAUAAAUAUGUGGUAUAGACAGUAAAACACUCGGUCCCGCUUUAUUUGAAGUGCAUCCUGAGAAGGCUUUAAAAAACAUUCAUAUAGGCUUCAUAAGCACUGCAUAAAUGGGUCACGAAUAAUCUAUAACCAUAUUUCAUGCUCUAUAAAAGAUUUAUAAAUGUGAUGUAUAAAUAUGAACAAAUAAAUGUAUGGUUAUGUCACACAGUUAUGCCACAUUAUGAAUCUUUAUAUAGCAAGAUAUAAGGUUAUAGAUGAUAUGUGAAGCAUCUAUGUAGUGCUUAUGAAGCCUAUAUGGCUUUAUGAAGCCUUCAUAAGAUGCAUUUCAAAUAAAGCGGGACUAAACUUUCA